UUUUGAGCAACUUCCAAUGGCGGAGGACAAAUCUAUGGAGAAAGGGAGAGAGAGAGAAAGAAACAAAUCUAUCAAACAGAAACCAUAAUCAGAAGACGAAAGGAGAACAAAAUCCGCACAAUCGGCGGCACGAUUUGGAUAUCGCCGGUUUCAUUCGCUUGGCUGUGAAUUGAGGAAACUUGGAUAUGGAGCUGUAGGACGUGUCUAGCCGCGGAUUCUGAGACUGGAAACAAAGCGAAUAACAUUUCUGAGUUUCAUUCCCCGAAGAAAAACGUUAUGUCUUCUCAGAAUCUUGAACGACAAAGGAUCUAUCAAGUUUGGCCCGCCAAAAAUAAAUUUUACUGUGGGGGAAGACUAGUGUUUGGUCCAGAUGCAUCGUCACUUCUUUUGACCACAUGUAUGAUAGGAGGGCCAGCUAUCGCUUUCUCCAUCAGGAUGGCUUAUUUGAUAAGCCAUCGUCACCCUUUCUUUCAUUCUCUUACUUUGAUUGGUGCAAUUCUUCUCACAUUCAUGGCUUUCACUUUUCUCUUCUUGACAUCAUCGAGAGACCCCGGGAUUAUCCCAAGGAACAAACAAGUGUCUGAGGCAGAGAUUCCUGAUGUUACCACCCAAUCGACAGAAUGGGUGACUAGCAAAUUAGGAAGUGUGAAACUACCUCGAACAAAAGAUGUAAUGGUGAAUGGCUUCACUGUCAAAGUGAAGUUUUGCGAUACCUGUCAGCUAUAUCGUCCUCCUCGUGCCUUUCACUGCUCAAUCUGCAAUAACUGUGUCCAAAGGUUUGAUCAUCACUGUCCUUGGGUUGGUCAGUGCAUCGCCUUGCGUAACUAUCCAUUCUUCGUCUGUUUCUUAUCAUGUUCAACACUCCUCUGCAUCUACGUUUUCGUCUUCUCAUGGGUCAGCAUGCUUAAAGUCCAUGGGGAAUUCUAUGUUGUUCUCGCUGAUGACUUAAUAUUAGGUGUUCUUGGUCUCUACUGCUUUGUUUCCGUUUGGUUUGUUGGUGGACUUACUGUCUUCCACUUCUACCUUAUCUGCACCAACCAGACGACUUGUGAGAAUUUUCGGUACCAUUACGACAAGAAGGAAAACCCUUACCGAAAGGGGAUCUUAGAGAACUUCAAGGAGCUAUUCUUUGCAAAAAUUCCACCACCUUUGAUCAAUUUCAGAGAUUGGUCGCCAGAAGAAGAAGACGAUGUGGAGGUUGGAUCCAUAGCCUCUGAGCUAGUCAGAGCCUUUGGUCCAAAAGACACGAAAAUGAGCAGUGGAAAGUCUGAUUCCGAAGCUAGAGAACGGUAACAACGGUGGCACGGCUGUCAAGAGAUAAGUAUGGAUGAAGACGCCACAACGACUGCUUUGGUCUACCAAGAACCAGCGGAAAACAAGGAGAAGCUCGAGCGUGGAAGUGAGAUCAAGAUAGGCCAAAGUAAAGGACAAACAGGUGUAAAAUCUACUUUUGUAAUUCAAAGCCAUGUAGCUCUCUUUCUCUCUUUACUCGUCAAGAUGAGUUUUAAACUUUUUCCCAUUAAGAAUAGGAAUUAGGAGAAUUGGUGUACAUAAAUAAUCGUUUCUUGCGUUACAGGUAAUUCAAUUUGGUGUUUAUUAUUGUCUCCAUCUUUCUUUUUAGGGUUCAUAUAAUGUAUAGUGUUUCUUAGGUCUUACGGUAAGGGGUUUAUAAGAAAAGAAGAAAAAUUUGCCAAUAGAGAAAACAAAGAGACAGAGGGAUGUGAAGAGAU